CUCCCCCCCAUUUCCUCAGUUCAUUCUAAUCGAUCUCCUCCCUCCCAGAAUGCAGCUCUCUCAGCUCCUUCCUUUCUUGGCUCUCCUCUCUGUCGGGGUGGUGGCCACCCGUGCCGCCUUACCUCCUCAGCUUUAUUGGCAGUCUGUGCUCCCCUCCACUCCCAUCCCCUCUUCCAUCUCUCAUCUCCUCCCCUCUUCUACUGAUUGGAAAGAAGACAAAGGCACAUCGGUGGCCGUGGGGAAGGGCGGCGUCCAUGUCGAUGCCGCAAAAGGAAAGCCCGGAGGCACCAACGUUAAUGUCGGCAAGGGCGGAGUAAACGUAGACGCCGGCAAGGGAAAGCCUGGAGGCACCAACGUUAACGUCGGCAAGGGCGGAGUCAACGUAGACGCUGGUAGGGGAAAACCAGGCGGCGGCACUACUGUCAACGUCGGUGGCAAAGGCGGAGGCGUUAACGUCAACACCCCCCACAAGGGAAAGCCCGUCCACGUUGCUGUCGGCAAAUCUCCGUUCGUUUAUAAUUACGCCGCCACUGAGACCCAACUCCAUGACGACCCCAACGUGGCCCUGUUCUUCAUGGAAAAGGACUUAAAAGCCGGUCACAAAAUGAACCUCCACUUCACCCGGAGCUCCGACCAAGCUUCCUUCCUCCCUCGCGAACAAGCAAAUUCCAUUCCCUUUUCUUCGGCCAAGUUCGGCGAUAUAUUGAACAGGUUUGAUAUAAAGCCUGAAUCUGAAGAUGCGCAACUUAUGAAGAACACGCUAACGGAGUGUGAGGAAGCAGGAAUAAAAGGAGAGGAGAAGUAUUGUGCGACGUCGUUGGAGUCGAUGGUUGAUUUCACGACAUCGAAGCUGGGGAACAAGGUGGACGCCGUGUCCACAGAGGCGGUGAAGGACACGCGCAUGCAGGAGUACACAAUAGCGCCGGGAGUGAAGAAGGUGGGAGAGAACGAGGCGGUGGCGUGCCACCGGCAGGAGUACCCAUACGCCGUGUUUUACUGUCACAAAUCGGAGACGACAAGGGCCUACAGGGUGCCGCUGGAGGGAGCCGAUGGGGUGAGAGUGAAAGCCGUGGCCGUUUGCCACACCGACACGUCGCAGUGGAACCCUAAGCAUUUGGCCUUCCAAGUGCUGAAAGUGGAGCCUGGCACAGUGCCCGUCUGCCACUUCCUCCCUCAGGAUCAUCUUGUUUGGGUUCCCAGACACUCCUGAAUACUCUCAUCAUUUCAUAAUUAGCAGUUCCGGUCUUAUGGAACUCAAUCUUGAUAUAUAUACAUAUAUAUGAUAGUAUGUUUUUAUCAUAUAAUAAUAAUACACCCUAUUAUAUAUAUAUAUAUAUAUAUAUAUAUUAUGUUUAGUCACAUAAUGCACGCACACUUGGAUCAUCGUAUCAGGCUUGUAUGUAAAUUUGCAUAUGAUGCAUAUGUACUACGUUCUGAUUAUAGUGGCGAGGUUCUCAGUUUGUCCCA